AUGUACGGAGUGGUAGCAGCCCUGAUGCUUCUAGUGCUUUCGCUAACGCUGAGUGUGCGUCUCUUUCUGACGGCUCCCACUCGACCGGAAUGGUUGUGGCAAUCUCACGUCAAUCGUGCUGAUCUGAAAGUCACGCCCGAGGUGAAUGCCGCUUUGGAAGCUUUGUUCGACAAGCUGCUGGAAACGCAUUGGUAUCCGUGGUACCAGUACGUGACCAAAGACGAAUGCGCGGCAAACUCCGUCCGUCAACACCUCACAUAUAUAGUAAGCGAGCUCGUGUGUCGCAUUUGCAACAACAACAAUGGAUUUCCGUUCCUGAUACAAGCG